CUGUCAGUGUUGUCGUUUUCGCAACCAUAAAAGCGCUCGUUGAAACUCCACGCAGAUAACGUGUGUUUUUCAAUUUAAUUUGUUGUCUGAAGAAAACGAAAGGACAAUGAGUGGAGGAUUCAACUUUGGACAAGCGUCCAGUACUGGAUUCAGCUUUGGAGCUCCCAAAACCGCAACUGCCCCAGCUACAGGCUUCGGGAUGCCAAGUGCUGCAGCUCCAGGUGGUGGCUUCUCUUUCGGAACCCCCAGCACUCCCCAGGCCCCAGUAGCUGCCCCCCAGAGCUCUGGGCUCUUUGCUAUGCCCACCCAGGGUAGCACAAACCCAACUGGAGGGUUCAGCUUUGGGACCCCUGCACAGAGCAGUACUCCUGCAGGAGGAGGCUUCUCUUUUGGGACUCCCAUUGCUAAACUCAAUCUGGGUACGCCAGCCGCCUCUCAACCUGCACCGACUGGGCUAACUAUGGGGAUGGCGACCCCCUCCCCUGGGACAGGCUUUGGACUUGGUGGGGGUCUCGCCACACAAACCACUGCUGCCCCUGCAGGAGGGGGGUUCAGCUUUGGGACUGCAGGGGGGCUUGGAGCCCCUGUUGCCCAAACUCAGCCCCAGACCCAACCUGCUGCAGCUGGUGGACUCUCUUUAGGAACUCCUGCUGAAGCCACCCAAAUUAUGGGAGGUGGGUUUAGUUUUGGUGCAGCCAAGGUCCAGGCCACCACAGCCCCAGCCCCUACUGUAACCGCAGGAGGGGGCUUCUCAUUUGGAAACAGCACACCUGCCAGCCUCUCCCUGGGGACCCAGCCCACAAGUCUGACUCUGAACUCUGUGGCCUCAACAGCUGUACCAACCACAACCCAGGUUGGAGGAUUCGCUUUUGGCGUCAAACCUUCUGCUACUCCAGCCCCAGGUGCAACUGCCCCGGCUACCCAGGCCUCAUUAGGUUCUUCUCUUUUUGCUGUACCAGCAUCAACAGCAGCUCCUGCUACAGCAGCAAUCACAGGAUUUUUGGGCGCUGCCCCUACCUCCGCUGCCCCGGCUGCCACCUCAACAGCGGGAAGUACCCUGGGCUUCAUGCUCAAACCCCUGGGAGCAGUCACUGCCACAACUACUGCCCCAGUUGGACCAGCUGCCCCUACCACAACCACAGGUUUCUCACUGGCUAUGAAACCUGCGGGCGCCAUUGGCAUUGGUGUAACGGCCCCCAUCACUGGCGUAGCCACAACCAUUGCUACUGUUACAGCAAGUGCUCCUCCAGUGAUGUCAUAUAUCCAACUAGAGGGUCUCAUUAACAAGUGGAGUCUUGAGCUGGAGGACCAGGAGAGGCAUUUCUUACAGCAAGCCACCCAGGUCAACGCCUGGGACCGCACGCUGGUGGAGAACGGAGAGAAGAUCACAUCACUGCACAGGGAAAUGGAGAAAGUGAAAUUGGACCAAAGAAGGCUGGACCAGGAACUGGACUUCAUCCUGUCACAACAGAAGGAGCUGGAGGACCUGCUGUCCCCACUGGAGGAGUCUGUCAAAGAACAGAGUGGAACCAUCUACAUGCAGAACGCAGACGAGGAACGCGAGAGGACGUACAAGCUUGCAGAGAACGUGGACGCCCAGCUGAAGAGGAUGUCCCAAGAUCUAAAGGAGAUCAUUGAACACCUGAAUACAUCCAGCGGGCCAGCUGAUAACAGUGACCCGCUUCAGCAGAUCUGUAAAAUUCUCAAUGCCCACAUGGACUCUCUUCAAUGGAUUGACCAGAACUCGGUGCUUCUACAGAGAAGGGUGGAGGAUGUGUCCAAACUCUGCGACAACCGACGCAAAGAGCAGGAGAAGACUUUUCGCAUAACAUUUCAUUGAAGAUUGCAAUAAUUAUCAGAAUGAAUAUGUGCAUUAUGCAAGUUUGUUUUUUUUUUUUUUUAAUACAAUGAAGAUCAUUUUGAGAGGAGUUAUGAUAAAGAUUUGCUUUUAAUGCAGCAUCAAUUGUGAUUUAUAGAAAAGUACUCCAAGUUAAGGUGUGUGUGAGAUGCACUUCCCAAAUUUCAACACUGGUGCUGGGCAAAUAAUUAAUUCUGAUUAAAUAAAGAGUUGCACACAUGUGCUCCAAUAUGCUUUAG